AUGUACAAUCAGCAAGCUUUCGAAGCCUUUGUCAGGGCAAAAGGGGAUGUUUUCCCCUUUAACCAGUUGAAAAAGACCCGUUCUUCCUUUCGUACCAGGUGGGUGCUCUUGAAGAGUCCAUCGCCAACUGGAAUUAUCUACCGUCCAACCAAGUUGUUCGCCCUUCCAGCUUCGUGCAUCCGCAAUGACCUCUUGCAAGAGGGUAUCAUCGCUGGUAAUUAUCUUCCGCUACCCCCUGACUACUGUGAUGUCCUUGACUGUAUGGAAUGGUGGGGCCGUGGUGUUGAUCCUAAGUGGGAGCAAUCCAUUUUGGGCAUGUUCGAGUACUACUUGGCGAACCCCGAAAUCUUCAGCAUUGCUGGCAGGAAGGAGCUUUUCUAUGACUGUAUUACCCUCCAUAUCGAGACCAAAUACAGCUACAUCGACGGGCUUAAUAAAACACAGGAGAUGGAAUAUUGGCCCGUUUACUUUGGUUAUCUCUAUGAGAGCACUACGGACUAUUUCGAGUUGGCCACAGCCAGCAUUCGUUAUGCCGACAACCGACUUUGGGUUUUACACCACUAUCAUAACACUGCGAACAGUGGAGGAGCAACACCUGAUGAGGUUCAUUCCGACUGA